AACACAUGAACAAAAAGCACAUUUUCUUGACUUCACAGUUGACAUUUUCCGAUGCACUAAAAAAUUUGCAGCUGAAUUGAAGUUACAAUAUUUCACUUAUCCAUGGCUUCCUCUCACUUUCUCUGCAGUAACCAUGUUUUCCCCACUUCCCAAAACCCCUUCAGAAGCAUCCAUUUUCCUCAAUUCAGACCAAAUGGGUCAUCAAAUUUCCCCUCAAAGCUUCAGUUUCAGAGACCCCAUUCGGUCAAAGCAAUGGUUUCUAAUUCCAACACUUCCAGAAAACAAGUAGAGAUUGUGUAUGACCCUGAAGGAAGGAUAAACAAGUUGGCGGAUGAAGUGGACAAGGAUGCUCCUCUUUCAAGGCUUACUUUGUUCUCUCCUUGCAAGAUAAAUGUUUUUUUGAGAAUAACCAAGAAGAGAGAAGAUGGAUACCAUGAUUUGGCAUCCCUUUUUCAUGUGAUAAGUCUAGGUGACAUAAUUAAGUUCUCUUUGUCACCUUCAAAAACCAAGGAUAGCCUCUCAGCCAAUGUGGCCGGGGUGCCCCUUGAUGAUAGAAAUUUGGCGCUUAAUCUUUAUAGGAAGAAGACUGGUAGUGACAAGUUCUUUUGGAUUCAUCUUGAUAAACGGGUGCCCACUGGGGCAGGGCUUGGUGGAGGAAGUAGCAAUGCUGCAACUGCACUAUGGGCGGCAAAUCAAUUCAAUGGUUGUCCUGCCUCAGAGAAAGAACUCCAAGAAUGGUCAAGUGAGAUUGGAUCAGAUAUUCCCUUCUUUUUUUCUCAGGGAGCAGCCUAUUGCACUGGUCGAGGUGAGGUUGUCCAGGAUAUUCCUCCACCAGUAUCUUUGGACAUUCCAAUGGUUCUCAUAAAGCCCCCACAAGCAUGUUCAACUGCAGAAGUCUACAAGCGCCUACGGUUGGACCAGACUAGUAGUGUUGAUCCUUUAACAUUACUGGAGAAGAUCUCAAGGAAUGGUAUCUCGCAAGAUGUUUGUAUUAAUGAUUUAGAACCUCCAGCAUUUGAAGUUCUCCCUUCACUCAAAAAACUGAAGCAGAGAAUUACUGCAGCUGGUCGCGGAGAGUAUGAUGCUGUUUUCAUGUCAGGAAGUGGAAGCACCAUUGUUGGCAUUGGUUCACCUGAUCCUCCACAAUUUGUUUAUGACGAUGAUGAAUACAAAGACGUGUUCUUGUCAGAUGCCUAUUUUUUAACUCGAGAGGAAAAUCAGUGGUACAGGGAACAUGUUUCAAGUCCUUCUGCCUCUCCUGUGGUUUCUGAGUCCGUUUAAUCAAUCAUUUUGUAAGAUAAUAAGAUAGUAAUGUAAAACUGCAUUAUUUUGUCUGUUUCCCUGCAUCAUUUAAUGAUGUAUAAAUUAAAUUUUUAUGCUUUGACUGCUGGGAAUCAAUAAAAUUAAAGAAUGAAAGAAAAUGGAUGAAUGAAAUAUAUAAGGCAGGGCCUCUAAUU